GUCAUUGAAUUGUUUUCGAAGCUCUCGGUAUUUAACAUCUGAUUUUUUUUUUGUUUCGUAAUUUUGAAAUUUUUUGGAAACGAAAAAUGGCCGACGGAAAAAAACAAUUUUGGGAAAGUCCCGAAGAAAUGCAAAAAAUUAUGAAACGUCGAGAGAUUCGUCAACGACUUCAACAAGAAUUUAAUCGUGUUUUUUAUAAUCCAUAUCGUUUAUCUCAUCAUAUUGAAAUGAUGGAUCCUGCUGUCAGUCGAUAUUCAGCUAUGCGUGCAUCAAUUUAUGAACAUUGGAAACCAAAUUGGAGAGGAUUCUGGAAAUGGAGUUUUCUUUCAUAUAUUCCUAUUACACUUAUGGCUUAUCGUUUAGCUAUUUACAUGCGUGAAGUUGAUGCUGAUUGUCGUACUGGUGUAAUUCCUUAUGAAAAACGUGAUUUUCGAAGAAUUUAAAAUAAUGAUGCUGAUUAUAAUAAUCAUUUUUAGCCUAUUUGUGUAGCCAUAAUGUGUAUGAUAUAUAUUGGAUGAAUAAAAUUUAUUAAAAU